CACUAGGGGCACAAAACUAUCCUCGUGCGCCCAGGAUUUCAGCAAGCAAGAACGGAAGCUAAACAACGACAAAGAUGGCGCAGCCUUCAGACGUGAUGACCAACCUCGUUGAGCUCAUGAGAGAUGCUAUUACCGAAGAGUUCGGUGAAAAGCAUUUGAAUUCUUUAAAAAGUUUGACCACGGCCCUGCGUGUGCCGGACUUCAGGGAUAGUGUUAAAGAUGAUGUCUUUAAUGGACUCCAAAUGGUGCUGGAAAAGUCAUUCACUGAGAUAAAGAGAAUGGUGGAAGAAACGGAAGAGAACUCAUCAAUUUGCCUUCAGAUGGCUACAGAAUGUUUCAGAAGUCUGAGAAAUGCAUGCAUCCAGUGUCACCACAACCAAUGUCGAUUGAGGGAACUGGGUUUCAUUCAAACGACAGUUGGAAUUCUCAGUGUAUUGUACAAACGUCAGCAUCGAGAAUCAGACUACCUCUUUGAUACUUUGCGCUGUGGGAUCCAAUUUCUUGGUAAUUUAGCAGUACAGAACCAAAACUGCAAAGAUGACAUUUGGGUGCAUGGUUUUCCUCAACUCUUUUUGGGACUUUUGGACAUACAGGAUGAGAAAGCCAUUGCAUAUACCUGUAUGGCUCUUCACACCUGCUUGAAUGAGCAUAAAGUGGAACAGUUAACAAAACAGCCCGACUGCUUUAAAGUUGCCCUGAAGGUCAUGGAGCUCUGCAGGACACAACCAGAGCUAGACUGGACGAUUCUGAUUGUUACGGAGCACUUCCUCAAGUCCCAAGCGCUCAUUGCGAAGAUGCAUUCUACAAUGAGCCCGCAGGAAUGGUUGACCCUGCUGGAGCUGAUUUCAGCUCACCUGGGAGAGGGGGGUGAGGAGUCUGAGCAGUGUGGAAUCCUUCCAUCCACAGCAGAGUUUUUGGCCUCAUGCUUCAAGGACAGUUGCAAAGCAGUUUUGUUGCUCAACUCUGGUUCCUCUUCAGAUGAUGAGGAGGCUAUUGUUGUGAUCCGACUCCUGGAUAUUCUCUGUGAGAUGACCUCAGACCUGAAAAUGUUCAUGUCUCUGCAGGAUUAUCCAGAUCUUCUGGAAACUACCAUUGUGCUUCUGAAAGAGGUGCAUUUCCUCGGGAGGGAAGGCGGGAACGUGUUCAGCUCGGCUCAGAACUUCUCUCAGAUGGGGACAGAGGGCGCCUCCUCUCACCCCGUUGUCAGCUUUAAGGCCCAUCUGGUGCGGCUGAUUGGAAACCUGUGUCACAGAAACAUUGCUAAUCAGAACAAGGUCAGAGAUUUAGAUGGCGUAGCACUUAUUCUUGACAACUGCAGCCUUGAUAGCAACAAUCCCUUCAUAAGCCAGUGGGCUGUAUUUGCUAUUCGGAACAUUCUGGAGAACAAUGUGGAGAACCAGGAAGUGCUUCAGACUCUGAAGAGGCAGGGUGUGGCAGAUGACUCCGCCCUGAGAGAUAUGGGUUUCCGGGUAGAGGACAGGGAUGGCAGUCUGCUUCUUCGACCUCUCAAGAAGGACCCUUAAUCCGCCUGAAGAGCAGAGCUGACGUGCCUGAGCCGUCAUAACAUCAGGAAGCUCAGGUGCUCCCUUCCCCCUUCAUCCACUAAUUGAUCCAGUGUAAGACCUCUGGACAAUGUUGCCUUGGCUGGGCACAAGACAUGAAUGUCUUGGGUCAUUUGAGGGGUUCGGGAUUCCAGUAGGACACUGUUCACAGGAGGGAAACUGACAUCAGUUGCUUACGUUUUUUGUUAAUUAUUUUCUGAAUUGAUAAUUUGCAGUGGAGACUCAGGCUUACACACCGAUGUGCACUUAGUCAUCUGCAUUUUAUGUCCUGCACCAACAGUGGUCAUAGGUCUUAAAAGUUCAUGGGGAUCAAAGUAACUGCUCUUUCCUGAGUUAAGUGUUGCUUUGAGAUGAUCAGUUGUGGCUGUUUAUUUCCCAGAUGAGCAAUCUUAACACUAUCUCUCUUUCAGAUAAAUAAUGUGAAACUAUCUUCAGUAAACAAACUUCAAACAUAAAAUCAGAGUGUAUCUUAAUACAAGAAAUAAAGGGGCCUCUGUGUCUAAAUCUGCAUUAACUUAAAGUCAAGCCAGAGUACAGUCUCUAGUGGUUCCACUUUUAUUGUCUCCAAUUGAGUCCUACCCAAGGACUGUAAGUCUCUGCGCAGGCAUAAAUCAGUCUGUUCUCAUUUCACUGGGUGUCAUAUGGCAUAUGCCUUCUGACUCUUGCCUCGAACUGGAACAACAGAGCCGUCGUUCGCAGUGAAUCGGACCAGAAGUAUGAGCUGGCAGAAUGACCCCCCUUGCCCCAUGGAUAAGCUGAGUUGUCCUGACACCACUACAAUGCCCUGCUUUACAGACCCAUCCUCUCCCUCAAGCCCCCCUGUUUUCUCUGCCUCAUAUUUUUUAAUGACAAAAUGUUUGUGUGAAACAAUCGGGUUUACUUUCCCCAAUCCAGCGUAUAGUGACGGGAGCUUAUGCGCUUCCGGUCCCCAGGAUUUCAGACGGCUAACAAAACACAUCUUUACUUCUGCUCUGCUGGCUGCCUGCAAUGCUUUUCACACACAGGAAAACCAGCGCGAGUGCUGGCUGGCUGGCUGAGGUGGAGUCAGUGGCUUUUCAAACUUUUACUGCAUAACAGCAGACAGAGUGACUCGAGUGUCAUUAUUAUUAUUAUUAUUAUUAUUAUUAUUAUAAUUAUUAUUAUUAUUGUGAUUAUUUACUACAAAACUCAUGGCAUCCAAACUGCGAAGAUGGGAGUGUGAAACGAUAUGAUUUUCAAAAUAACGGUCAGAAGGAUCUCUUUGCUUCGCACAAUAAAAAACUGAAACCCUUUCAAUA